UUCACUGUUCCUCCAGCCUACCCAGUCGGGCUGACCCACACAUUCAUAUUGUUAUGGCCCCCAAAUCAGUUUCUGUGAUUAUUCUGGACAAGAUGUUGAUUAAUAUAAAGAGCAUCUUAUGGAUAUGUUCUACCUUCAUAGCAACCCAUGCACUGAAUAAAGACAAAGUGGAAAAAAACCCACCUGUUAAGGGCUCCCUGUCUGGAAAAGUCAACCUACCUUGUCAUUUUUCAACCAUGCCUACCUUACCACCCAGUUACAACACCAGCGAAUUUCUCCGAAUCAAAUGGUCAAAGAUUGAAUUGGACAAGAGUGGAAAGGAUUUAAAGGAGACUACUGUUCUCGUGGCUCAAAAUGGGAAUAUCAAGAUUGGCCAGGGCUACAAGGGGAGAGUGUCUGUGCCCACACAUCCUGAGGACGUGGGUGAUGCCUCCCUCACCAUGGUCAAACUGCUGGCAAGUGAUGCGGGCCUCUACCGCUGUGAUGUCAUGUACGGGAUCGAAGACACACAGGAAGCUGUGUCAUUGACCGUGGAUGGGGUUGUGUUUCACUACAGGGCCUCCACCAGCAGGUACACCCUGAAUUUUGAGAGUGCGCAGAAGGCUUGUUUGGAUAAUGGGGCGGUCAUAGCAAGUCCAGAGCAGCUCGAUGCUGCCUACGAAGAUGGAUUUGAGCAGUGUGAUGCAGGCUGGCUGGCUGAUCAGACUGUUAGAUAUCCCAUCCGGACCCCCCGAGAAGGCUGUUAUGGAGAUAUGAUGGGGAAGCAAGGUGUCAGGACUUAUGGAUUCCGUUCUCCUCAUGAAACAUAUGACGUGUAUUGCUACGUGGACCAUCUGGAUGGUGAUGUAUUCCACAUCACUGCUCCCAAUAAAUUCACCUAUGAGGAGGCUGAAGAAGAGUGUGAAAACCAGGAUGCUCGGCUGGCGACCGUGGGGGAGCUCCAUGCAGCUUGGAGGAAUGGCUUUGACCAGUGCGAUUAUGGGUGGCUGAUGGACGCCAGCGUUCGCCACCCUGUGACUGUGGCCAAGGCCCAGUGUGGAGGUGGUUUACUUGGGGUGAGAACCCUGUAUCGUUUUGAGAACCAGACAGGCUUCCCUUCCCCUGAUAGCAGAUUUGAUGCCUACUGCUUUAAACCUAAACAGAAUAUAUCAGAGACUACAACCAUCGAUCUGAAUAUCCUUACAGAAACUGCAUCACACAGUGUAUCCAAAGUACUACAAAUGGUACCUGACAGAACUACACCAAUCAUCCCUUUAACCACUGACUUACCUGUCAUUACAACAAAGUUCCCUUCUGUGGGAAACAUAGUCCAUUUUGAACAGAAAUCCACUGUUCAGUCUCCAGCUGUCACACACAGAUUAGCCACUGAAUCACCCAUUCCUGCUGGGAGUACCAAGAAGCCUUGGGAUAGGGACUAUCACUCACCUUCUGCUUCAGGACCACUUGGAAAGCCAGACAUACCUAAAAUUAAGGAAGAAGUGCCCCAAAGUACAACUGUCAUCUCUAGUCAUGCUACUGAUUCAUGGGAUAGUGUUGUGGAAGACAUACACACACCAGAAUCAGUUACACAAAUUGAACAAAUAGAAGUGGGUCCUUUGGUAACAUCUAUGGAAAUCUCAAAACACAUUCCUUCCAAAGAAUUCUCUGUAACUGAAACACCACUUAUAUCUGCAGCAACCCUGGAAUCCAAAACUGAAAAGAAAAGAGUAAGCACUACUUCUGAAUCGGGGACCACAGCCCGCUACUUCACCUCGGGAGAAAAUGGUGGCCAAGACGGAACAUUUACAGUUAGAACUGACCAGAGCACCUUGGUCUUUAGCCAAAUACCUGAAGUCAUUACAGUGUCAAAGACUUCACAAGACACCACACUCAGUCAACGAGAGGAUGCAAAGUCAGUCUCAGCAUCAACAGUUGUCUCACCUGUACGUACUCCUGACAGCAAUGGCAUAAUAGAUUCAUUUCCUUAUUAUGGUGAUAAAAGAUUAGCUGAGGAACUGUCCACAGUUAUUUAUCCCUCUCCACACACAGAAAUGACACAAGAAAGACAAAGAACAGAGGGGAGAACAGAUACAUAUACUAACGAUGUGAUACAGGAAAAGAUCACCAAAGACCCACUUAUAGGAGUAGUAGAGGAAGAAGGGUUCUCAGGAAUGAGGUUCUCUACAGCUUCCUCAGAGCAAAUUCACCUUACAGAGUCUCUGGUGGAAAUGACCAAAUCCUUUGAUUCACCAGCACCGACAAUGCCAAAGCCAAGUGUGGUGCCAACAGAGGCAAGGGAUGUGGAGGAAGACUUGACAAGAACUCCAGUUGGAUUAGAAACAGAUGGCUAUCGAGACACUACAAAGCAUGAUGAGGUUACUACAAUGGUGCAUUCGACCCACAGCACUUCAAAUGUGGAAGUGGUCACUGUAUCAAAAUGGUCAUGGGAUGAAGAUAAUAUGAUCUCAAAGCCGUUAGGGUCCACAGAUUAUGCAGGCUCUCCAAAAUUGCCCCCUGCCUUACUCACCACUACAGGAGUGAGUAGAAAGGAUGAAGAAAUCCCAAGUUUCACUCAGGAUGGGGGAGAUGAAUUUACUGACACCCCAGAUAGUACUCAAAUGUCGUUAGAGAAGUUUACUAAGGAAGACACAACAGACCAUGGGAAAUUCACAGUUAGAUUUCAGCCAGCUACAUCUAUUGGCAUUGCAGAAAAGUCAACUUUGAGAGAUUCUACAGCUGAAGAAAGAGUUCCACCCGUCACAAGCACAGAAGGUCGAGUUGCUCACGCAACCAUAGGAGGAAGCGCUUUCGACGAAGGAGAAGAUAUGGAUGUGUCUGAGCCUGUAUCUACUGCUCCUCAGUUUGCACACACUUCAGAUAUGGAAAGACUGACAUUUGUUAGUUAUCGUGGUACCCAGGAGCCUACUACUUAUGUAAACACUUCCCAUACCAUUCCUCUUUCUGUAAUUCCCAAGACAGAAUGGGGAGUGUUGGUACCUUCUUUUCCAUCAGAAGGUGAAGUUCUAGGUGAACCCUCUCAAGACAUACAUGCCAUUGAUCAGACUCACCUUGAAGCACCUAUUUCUCCUGAAACUAUAAGAACAACAACAGAAAUCACACACGGAACAGCUCAGGAAGAAUUUCCUUGGAAAGAUCAGACUCCAGAAAAACCAGUUCCUGCUCUCAGCUCUGUUGGCCCAGCCAAGGAGUCAACAACACAUUUAGACGAACAGGAAAGCGAUGGGUCAGCAUAUAUUGUUCCUGGAGACAGAUUGGGGACAAGUUCUGAGAGAGUCCCAAUUUUAGACACAACUCUCUUUGGAAAAAUUGAGCAUACUAUGUCUUAUCCACCUGGUGCUGUCACUGAGCACAAAGAAAAAGCAGAUGAAGUAGAAACACUAACACCAAGCAUGGGGCCAAAGGUAUUUUUAAGUCCAGGGGCUGAACAAAAAUAUGAAGCAGAAGGUACUAGCCCAAGGGGAAUUGUAUCACUUUUCAGCACCAGUGUUACCCAGCUUAUAGAAAAAACCACUAUUGAAAGGAGAGAGGAAACAUCCUUAGAUUAUAUUGAUUUAGGCUCAGGAUUACUCGAAAAGCCCAAAGCCACAGAACUCCCAGAAUUUUCAACAAUUAAAGCCACAGUUCCAAGUGAGAUCACUACUACCUUCAGUUCAGUAGACAGACUUCACCCAACUUCAGCACCCAAGCCACCUUCAGCACCCACUGAGAAACCUCCUCUCAUUGACAGGGAAGCCAGUGCAGAGACAGCCGGUGACAUGGUAAUCAUUGCGGAAUCAACGUCUCAUGUUCCUUCCACUACCCUGAAGUCUACUGUAGCCAAGGAAAUGGAAACCGAUAUUGAUAGAGAGUAUUUCACAACUUCAAGUCAGCCUUCUGUUAAACAGCCAACAAGACCACCCAGUGUGGAAGGCAGAGAGGCCUUCAGUCCUCAGGCACUGUCCACUCCAGAACCCCCGACGGGGACAAAAUUCCACCCUGACGUAAAUAUUUAUAUUAUUGAGGUCAGAGAAAACAAGACAGGUCGAAUGAGUGAUUUGAGUGUAAUUGGUCAUCCAAUAGAUUCAGAGUCUAAAGAAGAUGAACCUUGUAGUGAAGAAGCAGAUUCAGAGCACGACCUAAUCGCUGCCAUUUUGCCUGAGUUAAUUGACCUAAAUCUCUACCACAGUGAAGAAGAGGAAGAGGAAGAGGAAGACUGUGCAAAUGCUACGGAUGUAACGACCACCCCGUCCGUGCAGUACAUCAAUGGGAAACAGCUGGUCACCACUGUGCCCAAGGACCCAGAGGCGGCAGAAGCUAGGCGUGGCCAGUUUGAAAGUGUUGCACCUUCUCAGAGCUUCUCCGACAGCAGUGAGAGCGAUGCUCAUGGGUUUCUCAUGUCUGAGACUGAGUCAUCGACGGCUGUGCAGCCAAAUGAAUUCAAAGAAACAACUGAGUCGCUGGAAAUGACAUGGACGCCUGAGACUUUCCCUGAAAUACCAGAACAUUUUUCAAGUGGAGAGCCUGAUGUUUACCCCACAGCCCCGCUGCGUGAGGGCGAAGCCACGGAGGGACCAGAAUCGGCCACGGAGAAAGGUCCUGAACUUGAUAAUGUGGGGCACGAACAUGCUGAGCCUGUACCUCUGUUUCCUGAAGAGUCUUCUGGAGAUGCAGCCAUCCACCAAGAAUCCCCAGAAAUGAUCAUUUCAAGGGCUACAGAAGGAACGUUUGGUGAAGAGGCAGACAGAAGUACAUCUAUCACAUAUACUCCAAGUACAGCUCCAAGUUCUAUGUCAGCAAAUGUUUUGGAGGAAGCAUCAGUUUCUGUAACAGGAAAUCCCAGGCCUGAUGACCCAUUGUCCACUGUGGAAAACUGGGUGGAAAUGACCCCUAGACAGAUUGUAGACCUCUCCGGGGUUCCUUCAAUUUUGAUUCCGGAAGGCUCCGGGGAAGCAGAGGACGAUCGAGAUAAAAUGUUCACUCUGGUAACCGAUUUAUCACAGAAAAAUACUACAGAUACACUGGUUACAUUAGACACUGGCAAGAUAGUGAUCACAGACCACCUUGGUGAUGUUCCUGCAACCGCCGUUUACUUAGUUUCUGAACAACCUUCUACAGAAGUAGUACCCACCAAAUUUGUAAGGGAAACAGGCACUUCUGAGUGGGUUUUCAGUAUAUCUCUUGAGGAAACACAAAGGAAAGAUGAGGAAGAAGGAUCUACAGGUACAGCUUCUACAGUUCAGUUACCUUUGCCUACACAGAGAUCUGAUCCAUUAAUUGUACCCUCUGAAUUAGAAAACUCAAGUGAAGUUACAUCUAGUGACCCAGUAUCUGCUACCAGAAACAGUUUUAUGUCCUUGACAACACCCACACAGUCUAAAAGGGAAAUGACAAGUUCUGAUCUGGUCUUUCCAGAAAAAAAUAUUUUCGACAAUCUGGGGGCACAGACUGCUGAGCCUAGCAGUAGCAGUCAACCCGGGGUUCAGGAAGGGUUGUCCGCUGUCCCAGGGAGCCCUGUCUCCAUCUUUAUGGAGCAGGGCUCUAGCGAAGCUGCUGCUGACCCAGAAAUCACCACUCUUUCUUCGUUUUCAUUAAAAGUAGAGCCUGAAAUUCAAAUUAACAAGGAAACAGCUGGCACUUUGUCUCCCCCCAUAGAAACUAUAUUUCCUUCUCAGCCAACAGGAUUACCUUUGAGUACCGUAAUGGACAGAGAGGUUACUGAAAUUAUAAGCCAAACAUCCAAGGAAAACCUUAUACCAGAGGUUUUAGGAGAGCCAAACCAUGGGACAGAAAUAAAGGGCUUCUCUACAGAUUUUCCUCUGGAGGAAGAUUUCAGUGGUGACUUAGAACACUCAGCAGUGUUCGAUCCCAAAACAAAAGGGGAAACAGUAAUGAUGGAAGGCUCUGGGGAUGCAGCAUUCAAUGAUACCCCGAUCACACCACUGGCAAUACCUACUUCAGGUCACAUCCAUCCCACAGCUGACUCAGAAGGGCCUGGUGGGACCUUGGUCAGCACGUCAGCCUUCCCUUGGGAGGAGUUCACAGCCUCAGCUGAGGGCUCCGGGGAGCAUGUGGUCUCAGUCAGCGGCUCUGACCAAGUGUUUCCCAGUGCUGUGGGAAAUGUUCUUGGGACAGAAUCUCCAUUUACAGACCAAGUUUUGGGAGAAGAAGGUACUAUCAAAGAAGCUGAUCAGAGACCCACUAACUUACCAAGAGCAGAAGCUGAAGGUCCUGAAGCUCUUACAGCAAAGGGGGAAGUGAAGGUUGAUGGCAUGGUUUCCAUGGGUUUUCCCCAGACGAUGGAGCCCACCAAAUCGUGGUCCAGGCAAGAAGUCAGUCCUGUAAGAUCAGAAAUUGAAAGCCAAACAGCAACAGAGGAAAAUAUUCAAGAACAACAAUCUGUUGAAUCCCCCCAAAUCUCUGUUGCACCAGAACAAACAGUCUUUGAUUUAAAAACAUUUAUUGAAACUGGAUUUCACACCACAGAUUAUUCUACACUGACAACAAAGAAAACUUACAGUACUGAUGAGGAAAUGGAGGAAGAAGGCAUUUCCCUUGUUGACACUUCUACUCAAGAUCCAGGAGUAAAGGGUAUGGAACCCUAUAUUACUCUCCCAGAAGUUACUGAAAAAUCCAAUUCCUUCUUGGCUACUGCCUCAGUGACUGAAUCUAUACUAGCUGAAAGUAUAGUUACAGAUUCACCAAUCAAAGAGGAUGAGACUAUAAAAUCCUUUCCCAAAGUUAUGAAGCCACUAAUUCAAGAGCCAGAUUUAUUCUCUGGCCUGGGAUCAGGAGAAGACAUUUUGCCUACUAUAGUAUCAGUGAAUUUUACUGAAAUGGAACAAAUCAUUAGCACAUUCUAUCCUCAGACUUCUCAAGUGGAAAGUUUAGAAACUAGCAUCUCAAGAGAUACCACUGAAGACUAUGAGGGAAUGGAAAAUGUAGCAAAUGAAGUUAGACCACUCAUUUCUAAAUUAGACAACAUCUCUGAAGUUAGUGAGACAGCAUCCAGCACAACCUUACUAGAAAUUUUAAGUUUCACCAGGACAGCAGGACCCUCUAUGGCACCUCUCACUUUCUCCACAGACACUGAACAUCCUCAAAAUCAGACUCACAGUUGGGAAGAAGAAAUCCAGAGUAGUCAACCACAAUCUACUACUGAACAAGUCUCUAACAAGAAUUCUUCAGUGGCAGAAACUAGAGAAACAAUAACCUCUUCCAUGGACUUUCUGGCUAGAACUUAUGGUCCUGGAAUGGCCAGAGGAUCCGUUACAUCGGCACCAAAAUCAUCUGACUUGUUUUAUGAACAUUCUGGAGAAGGAUCUGGGGAACUAGAUAGAGUUGAUUUAAUCCACACUUCUGGAACUACUCAGGCAACCAGAAAAGGAGACACCACCUUUAUUUCUAAUAGAUCCCUGGAAAAACAUCCUGAGGUUUCAAGUGCUGAAGCCAUUACUGUGGAUGGAUUCCCGACAGUUUCCAUGGUGCUACCUCUUCAUCUAGAGAAGAAUGAAAGCUCCCCAGAUCCAACGAGCACACUGUCAAAUACAGUAUCAUAUAAGAGGUCCACAGAAGGUGCAGAUACUUUCCUCGACCAUUUCGGGGGAUUUGAGGAUUCCACCUUAAAACCUGACAGAAAAAAAGCCACCGAAAAUAUUAUUAUAGAUCUGGACAAAGAGGACAAGGAUUUGUUACUGACAAUUACAGAGAGUACCAUCCUUGAAAUUCUACCUGAGCUGACAUCCGAUAAAAAUACUAUCAUAGAUAUUGAUCACACUAAACCCAUGUAUGAAGACAUCCUUGGAAUGCAAACAGACAUAGAUCCAGAGUCGCCAUCAGGACCACAUGUCAAUAAUGAAGGCAGUGCUCAAAUUCAAGAGAAGGAUGAGGCAGCUGUUAACCUUUCGUUAACUGAGGAGCACUUGGAAGGCUCUGGUGAUACUCUUCUGGCUAGCUACACUCAGGCAACACACAGUGAAUCCACAGCUUCUGAAGACAGAAGCCAGUUUGAUCACACGGGCUUUAUCUUCACAACUGGAAUCCCCCUCCCAAGCACGGAAACAGAAUUAGAUAUUUUGCUUCCCACAGCAACGUCCCUGCCCAUUCCUAGUAAGUCUGCCACAGGUCAUCCAAAUAUCAAAGAACCAAAAACGGAGACAAAAAUCCUGGAAGACAUCUUUGAAUCAAGCACUUUGUCUGAUGGUCAAGCGAUUGCAGACCAAAGUGAAGUAAUAUCAACAAUGGGCCAUUUGGAAAGAACACAGGAAGAGGAUGAAGAAAAGAAAUAUGUAGGUCCUUCUCUUCAGCCAGAAUUCUCUUCAGGAGCCGGGGAGGCACUGAUAGAUUCUACAUCCCACGUAAGUAUUGGUACUGUCCACAUCAUGGCUCCGAGUUUAACAGAAGCACCUACUGUGAUGGAAGGAUCGAAUCCCCCAGAUUACACCGAUACGACGUCAGCCGUUUGGGCCUUUGCAGAGUUGUCCUCUGAGACAUCAUCUCCGUUCACCGUCCACUUAGGCAGUGGAGCCUCUGGACACACGGAGGGCCCUCAGCCGAGUGCUCUGCCCAGUGGAAAUGCAGGCACGACUCAUAUAUCCCCAGGAAAAUUUGCAAAUAUUGAAGUGACUUUCAAACCAUCAAGCGAAGAGUACUCUCGCGUCACUGGGCCUCCAUCCUUACCUCCUGACACAGAACCAGAACCUUCAGAAGAUGAAAAUAAACCUAACUUAUUAGAACAGAUAGAAGCUUCCCCCACAGAACUGAUUGCUGAAGAGGGAACUGAGAUUCUCCAAGAUUCCCCAAACAAAACCAACGUUCAGCUUCCUGGAGUAUUUUCUAGUAUGAGAACACUUGAGGCUGGAGCUCUUGUCACAGCGGCGGGUGAAAUCGAGUCGAAAGGUGCUUCCCUGUGGCCACUCUCUGCGUCCACUUCUGCGACCGGUGGGGCUGAGGCCGGUGUGGUGCCUCAGCCCAGCCCGCAGACUUCCGAGAAGCCCACUGACCCUUCGUCUCUGCAAAUCAGCUCUGAAACCCAAGCACCUCUGACCAGAGGGCAGGAGUCCCCUGGUGCAGCCGCAGAACAGCAAGUGUCGGCGAGAAUUCUCGAUUCCGACUAUCAGGCAACAGUGCGCACUGCAGAGUUAAAUAUCUCCCUCCCAACACCAUCACUUUACCUUCUGGAAACUUCUAAUGAAACCAGUUUCCUGAUUGGCAUGAAUGAAGAGUCAGUGGAAGGCACAGCAGUCUAUUUACCAGGACCUGAUCGUUGCAAAACAAACCCGUGCCUCAAUGGAGGCACCUGCUAUUCUACUGAAACUUCCUAUGUGUGUACCUGUGUGCCAGGAUACAGUGGUGACCAGUGUGAACUUGAUUAUGAUGAAUGUCACUCUAACCCCUGUCGCAAUGGAGCCACAUGUGUGGACGGUUUGAAUACAUUCAGGUGCCUCUGUCUUCCCAGCUAUAUUGGUGCCCUUUGUGAGCAAGACACCGAGACGUGUGAGUACGGCUGGCACAAAUUCCAAGGGCAGUGUUACAAGUACUUCGCCCAUCGCCGCACAUGGGAUGCAGCCGAACGGGAAUGCCGUCUGCAGGGCGCCCACCUCACAAGCAUCCUGUCUCACGAAGAGCAAAUGUUCGUGAAUCGUGUAGGCCAUGACUACCAGUGGAUAGGCCUCAAUGACAAGAUGUUUGAGCAUGACUUCCGUUGGACUGAUGGCAGUACACUGCAAUAUGAGAACUGGAGGCCCAACCAACCCGACAGCUUCUUUUCUUCUGGAGAAGACUGCGUCGUCAUCAUUUGGCACGAGAACGGCCAGUGGAAUGAUGUUCCCUGCAAUUACCAUCUCACCUACACUUGCAAGAAAGGAACAGUUGCUUGCGGCCAGCCCCCCGUUGUAGAAAAUGCCAAGACCUUUGGAAAGAUGAAACCUCGUUAUGAAAUCAACUCCCUCAUUAGAUAUCACUGCAAAGAUGGUUUCAUUCAACGCCACCUUCCAACUAUUCGUUGCCUAGGAAAUGGAAGAUGGGCUAUGCCUAAAAUUACCUGCAUGAACCCAUCUGCAUACCAAAGGACUUAUUCUAAGAAAUACUUAAAAAAUUCCUCCUCAUCAAAGGACAAUUCAAUAAAUACAUCAAAACAUGAUCACCGUUGGAGCCGGAGGUGGCAGGAGUCCAGGCGCUGAUCCCUAAACUGGCGAACAUGUGUUCUCAUCGUUUCAGCCAAAGCCCUAACUUCCUGUGCCUUUCCUACCACCUCGAGAAGUACUGUCAAUUGGUCUGGACCUUGGACCAUUGUCCAGCCAUUUGGGAUUGCUGCGCUCCCCAGACAUCUUAAAUGAAAGCAUUGGCAUUUACAAAGAAAACAAACAACACGAAUGAAAGCGAGGGCGGAGAGGAACCAUUUGUAGCCUAUCUGAUUUCUCUAGUUUUCUGUUUGCCUCCAGUGCAGACCAUUUUAUCAUGUACACCAGCCUACUGGACUAUUUAAAAAGCUCCAUUUCAGCACCAAUGGCAAUGUAAAUAAGAUGAUUUAAUGUUGAUUUUAAUCCUGUAUAUAAAAUGAAAAGUCACACUGAGUUCUGGCAUAUUUAACGAUGAUUAUGGAGCCUCCGAGGGCUUUAAUCAUUGGUUUGGCUGCUUUUGGUAGUUUGUUUAGGCUGGAAAUGGUUUCACUUGCCCUUUGACUGUCAGCAAGACUGAGGACGGCUUUUCAUGGACAACUAACAAACACAAAGUCUUGUAGGUCACACUGCACCAUCUCAGCCUUAGCUGCGGUUGGCUUCCACGUGAUGCUGAAGCCUGGCUAAUGGGAUCCUGAUGGGCUGCAAUGUGGAACUCUUCUUGGCUGCAUUCCUUUCUCUUUGCUUACAAGAAAGGCCUGAAUGGAGAACUUUUCUAUCACCAGGAGCAUUUUUUUAGGGGUCAAAGUGCUAAUUAUUAACUCAACCAGGUCUACUUUUUAAUGGCUUUCAUAACACUAACUUGCAAGGUUCCAGAUCAACACAUUUCAAAUGGAUAUAGACCCAGGGCUCUGGAGGGUGGGGGAUUGUUAAAAACACACAUUCAAAGAAAGAAAUUUUGUAUAUAUAACCAUUUUAAUCUUUUAUAAAGUUUUGAAUGUUCAUGUAUGAAUGCUGCAGCUGUGAAGCAUACAUAAAUAAAUGAAGUAAGCCAUACUGAUUUAAUUUAUUGGAUGUUAUUUUUCCCAAAACCUGAACAUUGACAUAGUAUGCUAGUUAUUUUUCAGUGUUAGCUUUUGUAUUCUCUCACACAGUUUGGAACCAUAUAAUCUUAGGUACUUUGUCCCUGAUUAAAUAAUGUGAUGGAUAGAAUACAUCAAGUGUUUAUUAUGAAGAGUGGAAACCUGUAUAGCUUACAGCAAGUGGUGUUUGCCGAUUCUAAACAAGGAGCAUAUAUAUAGAGAGAAAUAGUUAGGUGUGUGUGUUAAAAUGUCUUCCUAUCUCUUCCCACUCGUUUUCUCCCCUCUAUUUGAAUAAACUGACUGCGGAAGAUGAUUUCGAAUUGUUAUCCACUUAAUUUAAUGUUUCAAUAAAAACCUGUAAUGAAAAGAAGGCAUUUAGGAGUCUUUCCCUAAUUUCAGUUAGAAUGACCUUGAGAAAAGUAGACAACAUGGGAAAUGCAAAUAGCAAAAGAACAGCCCCCAAACUGAUUCUCUUUCACCUCCUCUGGCUGGGAAGGAACCACAGCAGCUACAAUCAUUCACAGUGUCUUUGCGCAGGCUCCGUGGUUGCUCCAUUAACUGUAACCCAGCGCUGAGUGUUCCAGGGCACAGGAAAACCUGUGUCGACCUGUGAGGUUUUAAUUUUUCCUCUUAUAUUACAAUGCACCUAAUACUUCCUGUAUUUAUAUUAUACCGUGUAUAGUGUAAAAUGUGAAUGAUUGUGUUUUUUUUGUGAAUGAAAAUCUAAAAUCUUUGUAACUUUUUA